AUGUCUACUCUGAAACCACUCUUGCUGGCGGGUGGCCACUCAUCGCGAAUGGGCACCCGCAAAGAACUCUUACGUGUCGCCGGCGAUGUCCCCUUGUUCGUCCAUCUGCUGAUCAUCCUACACGAAGCGUGUCCCGAGUCAGAAGUGGUGUUUCUCUCAUUGCGCGAUCACAAUUCAUUAAAGGCCAUUGAGAACGAUCGCCAUAUCACUGCUGUCCCAGAUAAUCGACUAAUUCUCACCAACGGGACUACCACUUUCCCGGUCCAUGUAGUCUACGACGGUCCUGGAGUGCCCAGCGAACAUGACAGCGCCGGCAUUGGCCCAGGAGCCGGCUUGCUGGCUGCUCAUCACCAGGACCAAAGUGCACACUGGUUGGUAGUUGCCUGCGACUAUCCAUUCAUAUCGACUGCCGCGCUGUCUCAACUUCGACGCGAAUGGACCGCGCCAGUCACAUGCUUCGAAAACAGGGACUGCUUCUUGCGGUGGUGA